GACGUACCCCUCGAACUGUACCAAACAGCCAUCUGUUGUUGUGCUGACAUCGCUAUCUGUCAGCUACCCCACCCUCACCCACACACAUACACUUCGCCACACCGCACGUUGCCUACCAUCUGUUGUUUGGACCUCGCCAUGCCUGCUGAACGUCGAACCUUCACCUCGGCCAGACCGGUCAAGACCGAGCGCACUCAUGAAGAGAACCAGGAGCGCGCUUACAUCGCUGCCUCGCGCCGCAGUGACCGCAGCCUGGAGGCUCGCAUUGAGUCUGCGCGUAGAGCUUCUGAGAUCCACAAGAAGCGUACGGGCCGUGCUCUUCGCGUGACCGAGCAGGAUGUCAUCAAUGAAGAGAUGUACGAAGAAGAGGAUGAUGAUCUGCCUACCCAGUACCAGCGUCUCAACGCUCAUCUUCAAACCACAUCGGUCAUGUUUAACAAGAAGCUCCAUGACUACAUCGCGACCCAGCACGGUGUUAGAAACAUGUUCAUGUCUCAGUACCAGAACCAGGGCGCGGCCUUCCAGCAGUAUGGUCAGCAGUAUCCUGCCAAUGGCGCACAAUUUGCACAGCCGAACAACUGGCUGAACCCGUCAAUGCUCCCGCCACAACAGUUCGCCCCCACGUCUCCACAGGGGUUCCAGCAAGCGCAAUCUUUCAGCCCAACCAUUGCGCAGCCGCAACAAGGAUACAGACAGUCGCCAUACCAGAUUCCUCAACGCACUCACUCUCACCAGCGCGCUCUUUCCAUUCAACUGCCUCAGGGCGCAUCGCACUUCGACCCAUCAGCUCAGCCGGCAAGUGCAGGUAUCACGACGCCACAGACUGAGCUCAACCGAAGACUGUCUUUACCGCCGCAAGCUUUUCAACAACAAAACCAAACAGUAGAGCGAUCAACGCGUCCUUCUUUAUCGCGUUCACCUACUGCCCACUCGCUCCAGCACCGUCAGUCAUCUUCACCACAGAGCGCUUCGCCGAAUGCAGCUUCCGUGCGUGAGGCUGCACCUGUGCAGAGUGAUCCUAAUUCGCCUUCCUCUUAUUCUUACAGCCCUACGAACUACCCAUACAGCUCGCAGGCGCUCAACACCAAUCCUUUGACUCUGUCUAUGCCACCCGAGUCACAGCAGUUCCUUGGAUCUGUCCUGGACCAGAACGAUCCACGCACUGCAGUCUUCAUGGCAGGCAGCGACAACCUUCCCCAGCCUUUUGCUCCGACUUACACCUACAACCCUAACAAGGUUGGUCGGACAGCUAAUACCAGUAGCAUGUCUGAGCAUGCUAGUGGCUCGGCUCAAACAUUGUCAUCAGGUCUGAACCUGAAGGCCGAACCUGUUUCUGGUACCACAUCGCCUUCGGUACCCAGUGCCAUCUCUGAUGGCUUUUAUUCCAACGAUUCGUUCUUGACGCCUGGCACUGGUGAAUACAGUGCCUUUUUCGAUUUCCAGGGCGGCGAUUUCCCACAGCCGUUCGACGAUCAAUCAGCAAAUGAUCACGACAAUGGCAACAGUCUCGUCAACUGGGAUUAAGUAUCAUAUUUACCAUUUUUGUCUUUUUUUUUUUCCACCUUUCUGGACCAAGGUCCUUAUGUACAAUCCUUCUAGGAUCCUGUGCGUCUAAGCUCUUCAAUACUUUGUCGCGUCUUUGGGUAACGGUUCUGGUUUCACACGCACAUGAUACCUUUUGUACAGUGUCGUUUACGAGGUUACGACUGGAGGCGUUGCAAGGAGUCUUCCUGUGGGUGAAGAGAAGGCCCACAGUUAGCAUGUAGCCAUCCUUCUUUAGGCGCUUGAGGGAGCUGCUGCCCUUAUAGCGAUCUCCUCUCUCAGUAAUCCUUCGAUUUGAAGUGUUUCUGUAUAAUACAUAAUUGUAACGGUGAUUGGCCGAAUGCAAUAGUCCUUCGACGUGGGCAAUCUUAUGUGCAAGUGAUGCGCUUGACGACGUUAAUACUGCAUUCGCGGCCAAAAGUGCG